CGUGUGAUGCACCAGCUUAGGGCAGAAUGUGUUUGCAGGUCCCUAAUCAUAAGGGGACAGAAAGGGAGAAAAAUAGUCCCUAGAUAUUGUUAUUGCAAAGUCCUUUGCGAUUCAGCCACACAGUAGAGCAUUACCUCUUAUCGUAGGCUCUUCCAAGCACCUUGUUUUGUUGCUUGGUCAAUCCUGAGCCGGUUGCACUUGGAAAUGGUCCCCAGCUGGUGGCCACCAUGGUCAGCUCAUGGAACUGUGUGCUGCUGGCAGCUAUUGCUGUCUCCAAGGACACUGUUGAGAGACAGUUGUAAGCAAUAUCCUACGCGUCCUCUUGGAUGCUGGACUGUAAUGAUCUGUAACAGUAAAGGUCUGUGUAUGUGACCUGGCCAACUAUCUGCCAUUAGCAUUUAAUGACCUCCUUAUAACUGUACCUCAGUAUAACACUUUCAGGGUAUCCAGCCUGGGGCUACUGUAACUCCAUGCUUUCUGUGUUUGUGCUGCGUUCUAUCCCAGCUGGGAUUCUGUAUCUUUCAUUAGAUGCUCUUGGUCAUUAAUUCCUUCAAACUCUCACCCUGUUGCAGGCUCCCUAGUCACUGCUGAGUGGCCAUGAAUGAUGCCAGGGCCAAGUCCAGCAGCCCUGAAGGGAGGUGAUCAAAGGACAGGGUGUCACCACAUUGGAGAUGGGUUGAGCCCUCCAUCCCAGAGCAUGUACUCUGCAGGAAAUCUUGUGGUUUAAGGCAAGCAGUGUGCUUAUUUCCUGCCCUGGGAUUAAGAUGAGCUUUUCCGACCAGGAAAAGUAACUGUAAUCAGGCCAAGGGAUCUAAUGCUGGAAACCAGAAACAGAGGUGGAAGAAGCCAUUUCUCCCCUGUUGCAAUCCAGAAUGCUUGGCUGUGUUUCUUGCUGACCUGAGAGGAUGGGGAUCAACACAGCGGGGGGUGAGGCAGAGGAUCAGGUGUGCAGUGGGAAGCGCUAUGCUGGCAGGGUGCAGGAUGGGUGAGGAGGAGUUUGAUGCUUGCCUCUUGCUAGCCAUGCCAUCCCAGGGCAGCCUGGGUUAGGGGAGCAGGCUGGGGCCACCAUGUUCCUCAGCACAGCUGCUCCUACCUGCUGGCUCUGCCUCAGUGGAUGCUCCCUUAAUGCUGAGCAAUUACAGAGCGUGGCACCUCUGCCACCCACUCAGCCCCAGUUUCCAAGGGGUAGUAAUUUCUGCCUCCAACAAGAGCAACCUGCUGCCAGUCAUGUCAUGGAGAUGGAGCAUCUUUUGGUUGCCUCUGCAUUUCACUCACCCCCAGGCUAGGGAAGUCAUCACACACUCUUGUGUCAGUGGGUUUCAAGUCUUUUGCAAGGCAGUCCAUGGACUGUCUAUAAAAGCUGCCAGUGCAAUGUGAUGACUGACCUCUGUGUCAGCUCAACUAAAUUAACUUGUGAAGUUUUUAUGUAUUUUUCACCAAAACCUCUAUGGACGACGACAUGGUCCAGUAGCUGCCUGAACCAAACUCGUGUUUAAGCAUAUCUGAAUCUUUCCACUCCAGCAUGGGAAGUUGCUUUAUGGGCUUAUUGCCUAGAUGCCUUUGUGACUGUCCAGAGGUUUCACAGUUAAAUCCCAGCCUUGCUCAACGUAAGUGUGGACCCCAGCAGGAGAUGAGAUGGCUGCUGCAAUGAAAGAGGCAGAAAAUGUUAUUGGCUUGGAGGAAAUCCACAUGGAGAGACAAGAAACUCCAAAAGGGCAGAAGACAUUUACAGUGGAAGAAGCUGUGGAAACCAUCGGGUUUGGGAGGUUCCACAUUAUGCUUUUUCUGAUCAUGGGCAGCACGGGGGUGGCUGAAGCCAUGGAGAUCAUGCUAAUAGCUGUUGUGUCCCCUCUCAUCCGAUGUGAGUGGCAGCUUCAAGACUGGCAGGUGGCUUUAGUGACAACGGUGGUGUUUUUUGGCUACAUGGUCUUCAGCAUAGUGCUCGGACUCCUGGCCGACAGGUAUGGCCGCUGGAAGAUUCUGCUGCUCUCAUUCCUCUGGGCAGCCUACUUCUCCUUGCUGACCUCGUUUGCCCCAUCCUACAUCUGGUUCGUGUUCCUGCGGGCCAUGGUAGGAGGUGGCGUGUCAGGCCAUGCGCAAGGGCUUAUCAUAAAAACAGAAUUUUUGCCCAGCAAAUACCGAGGAUACAUGUUACCGUUAUCUCAGGUGUUUUGGUUGGCAGGAUCCUUGUUAAUCAUUGGCCUGGCAUCGGUGGUGAACCCAACCAUUGGCUGGCGGUGGCUGAUCAGAACUGCGUCCAUCCCCGGAAUUCUUCUCAUACUGGUGUUCAAGUUCAUCCCAGAGUCGGCGCGGUACAACGUGUCCACAGGAAAUGUGGCAGCUGCCCUGGUCACGCUGCAGAGGAUAGCCAAGACCAACGGGGCAGUGAUGCCCGAGGGGGUGCUGAGGGAGCCCGCCAAGGAAAGAAGAGGAAGAUUCAAGGACCUCAUCCACCCCAAAUACCUCAGAACCACUUUGCAGAUAUGGAUCAUAUGGCUUGGCAUAGCUUUCGCAUAUUACGGCGUCAUCUUGGCCAGCGCUGAGUUACUGGAGCGGGACCUCGUCUGUGGCUCCACUGCACCACAGCUGCAGGACUCUGGUGAUGACCCUGAGAGCCACAGCCCCUGCCAUUGCCACUUGUUUGGGCCAGCCGCCUACCAGACCAUGAUCAUCAGCACAGUUGGAGAGAUCGCAUUAAAUCCUUUGAAUGUUCUUGGCAUCAAUUUCCUCGGAAGACGACUGAGCCUGUGUAUCACCAUGGGAUGUACAGCCCUAUUCUUUCUACUCCUCAACAUCUGCACCUCAAGGCGUGACUGGGUUUCUCUUCAUGCUGCGCGCCUUGGUUUCAGCAAACUUCAACACCAUCUACAUUUACACAGCAGAGGUUUAUCCCACCACGAUGCGAGCACUGGGGGUGGGAACAAGUGGGUCACUGUGCCGUGUUGGAGCUAUGGUGGCCCCAUUUAUAUCACAAGUUCUUAUGAGUGCUUCUUUCAUUGGGGCCCUGUGUCUUUUCUCCUCUGUGUGCAUUGUCUGUGCGAUCUCAGCGUUCACGCUGCCCAUCGAGACCAAGGGCAGGGCACUGCAGGUUGGUAUUACCCCUCCAGGAGCUCCUGUGUAUCGAAACGCUGUUUAGAAACUAGUAGAUGAUGACUCAGCCAGAAUCCAAACCAACCUCUCCCGAGGGUUCAUAAGCCAGAAUAAGGCCUGACAGGCAAGCACAGGAACGUGCUGUUGCAGCAGCUUAAAGUGCUGUUAUCCCAGUGACCCAGCUCAUUUCUCAUAUCAGAACAAACCAGCCCAUGCGAGCGUGCUAAGCUUCAGCUCAUGUAAGCCCCUUUGCUAAUAUCCCCCGUCCUGCCCUGGAGCUGCUGCUUUGCAGGCACACACUGUGGUCUGCCCGUGCUGCAGGGAGAGGACAGCAGGUACAUACAAGACCUUAAACUACUAAAGCCAUUUCUCCAUCACAUUCAAGACAAAAGCCCCAGCUGCAUCCGUUCCUUAGCUAAGCCUCUGUGGCUACCAUUUCCUAUAAAGCAAUCAGGCAAAACACUAAGCACAAAGAUUAAGGGGGAAAGUUUAAAUCCAGUCAGUCUCCCACAGACAAGCUGCACUACUUUAAUUACAGGAGGUGGUGAGCAGUUCUGUGAUUCUAGAUUCAGAUAUACCAGCAGGGAAAUUUUCACGUUAUGCACGCAGCCUGUCCACAUCGCACUGCCUGUUGUUCUGCAGCCUUAC